AUGUAGUCGAUUUCAUCUGAGGUACUAAAAGCAGGAGUAACUAAAUCUAACAUUCGUUCCAACGUCACAGCUAAGAGGUAGAGUUAAUAUGUAUAUGUAGACCUAAUCAACUGGGUGGAGGUAGAACUUAAUUGGGUCCUCCUUAGACAGGGAAAGAUACUCAAUAAUCAUCGUAGGAUAAUGUGAUAGUGAAGUAUAAGGAUAGCAUAGUCACACCAAAAGAGUAUUAUAUUGAUAUGAAAAUAGAUUGAUUACUAAGAGAUUCCUGUAAUUGGCCGAACAGUUGAAUAGAGAGGAAGAAUAGAAACUAAAAUAAUUACAGAAACCAGCUGAUACAAAAGUGAGUGCGAGUGUUAUGGAUAGCAAUAUGAAAUCAUUCCAUCAGAGUGCAGUACUAUUAAUAAAGUAUAACAGGAUAAAUCAUCGAAUUCAGAUUUGAAAGUUUCAUCUUCCAACAAUCCAGAGAGGAGCAGUUUUAUGGAAUCUAAAUAGUCAGACACAUACUCUGAUUCAGAUUCUAAAAGAGAUCAAUCUGAAUAACAAGAGAAGAAACCCAAAUAGAAGAAAGGUUUGAAAGAGGAGGAUUUGGAAGAGAAUAUCCCUAUUAAUUUAAGUGAAACUCCAACACAAUGUUUAAUGUUUAUGUAAAUUAUUGGUUAUUAUAUGUAGACCAUCAUCUUUUGUGAAUAGUGAAUAAGGCAAGAAAACUGGCUAGAUUCAGAGAACCCAAAAGUAUGAAUAAUUCAUCAUUGAGAAAAUUGGAAGUGACAAUUUCACAAAGAGGUUUGCUUAAACAUUCAAUUACAUACAAAAACAUAAGAUACAGCAAUGUAACAAAAUUGAGAAGAAUGACACAGGAGCAUUUACAGCUGUGUGGGAUUUGUAUGAUGCUUCAAUAACUGAUUAAUUGAAUGAAUUCGAAAUAUUAUAAGAAGAGAUCAAGCAAAGCAUUGAGAAUGAGUAUAAAUAAUUGAAUAAGAACCCCUAUUUCUUAUUGCCUACAGAAUUAGAAGCAAUUAAAAUACAUGCUGAAAGACCUGUGUUGGGUAAAGAAACAUCGGAGAAAUCCUAAAGUAAAACCAGAAGUGGAAUUGCAGCCAAUACUAAAUAAUAACCUAUCAAUAAUUUGAGUGGUGGAUUGACUGGACAAGGUGGAGACGAGAGAAUAUAAGACAGUUCAUCAAGUCACACUGGUACUAAAGGAGUUACUAAUAUGGGAUCUUAAUAAGCCAAUAUCCAGUAAUAAGUGACCAAGAGUCAUGGAAAGACAAGCAAUCCCUUACCUGAAUAAUAAUAGAAAUAAUAUGAAUAAAAAUAGGAUGAAUAAGAUAUUAAGGAGGAAGAAUACAUGAAGUAAUAUGUCCAAAAAACCAAUUCUCAAAUUAGUGAACAAGAACAGAUUAUUUAUUAGAGUCAAUAAGUGCAAACUAGUUUGAAAUAUGUGGAAAGAAUUCUUAAUUAGAAUCUAUAUCAUAAAUAAUACAUUCAAUAUAGAAACUAUCCAGAAGUCAAAUUUGAGAAGAUGACUUUGAAUGAAGAUCCUAAAUAGAGAGGAGGAGCAUUCAAAAGGAAUUUCCAAAAUAAAUUAGAGGAUGAGGAAGUUGUUGAAAAGAAACAAUAAGAUCCCAUUACAUAAUUAUUUUCAUAUAAGUGCUAAUUAAGUGAACAAUGCAAAGUAACUAGUGCUGAUUGGAAUCCAGUCAAUAAAGAUUUAUUGGCUGUUUCAUAUGGCAAUAGAGAAACCUCGGAUGGACACAUUAUGUUUUGGACUUUAAAGAAUCCCACAUAUCCUGAGCGUAUUAUUACUUAUCCAUCCAAAUUCAAUUGUUGUAAAUUCUCAGAAAGCUAACCCAAUCUCAUUGCUGCUGGAACUGUUGAUGGUAUUGUAGCUGUAUGGGAUAUCAGAAGAAAGUCUAAUAAACCUAUUACUGAGAAUAAAGAGAUGGCUGGAAAACAUAGUGAUUCUGUUUGGGAAGUUUAAUGGGUUGGAAAAGGAGCUAAAGGCACAGAUAAGGGAGAAUCACUUGUCAGUAUUAGUAGUGAUAGUAGAAUUGUUGAAUGGUCAAUGAAGAAGGGAUUGGAAUAUACUAAUUUAAUGAAUCUCAAAAGAGUUGUUCAGUCAUCUUAAAAAGAAAACUUAUAGGAAGGAGUCAAUUUUAGAAUGUCAGCAGGAUUUUCCUUUGAUUUCUUAUAAAGAGAAUCAGCUAUGUAUUUAGCUGCCACUGAAGAUGGUACUGUUCAUAGAUGCUCAAAAUCAUAUACAGAAUAAUAUUUAGAUAAUUAUUUUGGUCAUUCUGGACCAGUUUACAAGGUUAGAUGCAAUCCUUUCUUUGGUGAUAUCUUCUUAACUUGUAGUGCAGAUUGGUCAUGCAAAUUAUGGAAUUGGACUGAGGAAUUACCCAAGGCCAAUUUCUAAGUAUUUAUAAUUUGAAUUAUAAAGCAAUAAAACUUGUAAGAUGAAGUGUUAGACUUUGAAUGGUCUCCCCACACUUCAGUACUAUUUGCAUCAGUUUGCAAGGAUGGUAGAUUGGAAUUAUGGGACUUAACCAAGAACAACAUGUUAGAUCCAUACUUUACCAUUAUGCCCCAGGAUUAAUAAAUAUGGCCAGCCAAAACUAUGGUCAGAUUUGCUCACAAUAGUCCAGUGCUUAUUACUGGUGAUGCUAGAGGCGAUAUUAAUGCUUAUAGAUUAUAUGGUACAUUUGUAUUAGUUAUGUGUUAGGCUAUGAAGAUAAUGAUCCACUUUAAGAGGAAGAGAAGUUAAGAAAACUGUUAUACCCCACUGGAUAUUCUAAGGGAUAAAAGGAAUAAAAGGAUUGAUGGAUUGAAUGAAUUUAUAUAUAUAAAUCAGUGUAA